UUCUCAAGGAAUUGGGGGUUCUCUGUGACGGACGGACGGACGGACAGACGGGCAAUGGGGUCGACGGCGAAUCUUGACAAAAUGACGAUGCGUCAGAACUAUCCGAACCUUUGGCGCACCGAUCUCGUGCACACCAUUGUGGCUGAUCCGCCAUUUUGCUGCUUUGCGUUCUUGUGUGGCCCCUGUGCAUCAUACUUGCUCCGCAAACGAGCUCUUUACAAUGAUAUGUCAAGGUAUACAUGCUGUGGUGGCUAUAUGCCAUGCAGUGGCCGAUGUGGAGAGAGUCAUUGCCCUGAGCUUUGCCUUUGUACUGAGGUUUUUCUUUGCUUUGCAAAUUCAGUGGCCUCGACACGCUUUAUGUUGCAAGAUGAGUUCAACAUACAGACUACGAAAUGCGAUAACUGCAUCAUUGGAUUCAUGUUCUGCCUCCAACAGCUGGCCUGCAUAUUUUCCCUUCUUGCUUGUAUUACAGGAAGUGAAGAGAUCGGAGAGGCUUCUCAACUGUUGAACUGCUUGUCUGACAUUGUUUAUUGCACGGUCUGCCCUUGUAUGCAGACCCAGCACAAGGUAGAAUUGGAUAGAAGAGAUGGCAAGUUUGGACCACAACCAGUGAUGGCAGUGCCUCCUGUUCAACAGAUGUCUCGUAUGGAUAUGCCAGUUCCUCCGACAGCCGGAUAUCCACCACCGCCACCAUAUGGACCCCCCUAUGGCUACCCUCCACCACCUCAAGCCCAUGGUUACCCACCAGCCAAUUAUCCUCCAGCAGCUUAUCCUCCUCCUGGCUAUCCCAGGUGAUCGUGACCACUGUCUUUCUUAAUUUUGUUCCUCAGAUUUCAUUUGAAUCCUGGUUUCAAUUACCAAAUCAUAGAUACUAUACCAAUCGGUAAAACAGAAACUUUGUAAAAUAGUGUUUGCUCUGAUUCUUAUACUUGUCAGUAUUUAUGGUACUUGCAUAUUUCCGUGCUAAAUUUUAACCCUUUCUGCUGCUAUUUGGGUUAUGUAUAUUGAACGUGGUUAAAAUUAGGGGUAUCAAAAUACGAUACGAU